GUUCACUUCGUUGAAGAGAGAGAGUCAGUAUCCAGCCUGAAUUACAAGAGGCGAGUUCGGCUACGUGCAAGAUAGACAACUGCGUUUUUAACAACUGGAAGUUCUGUUGUUAGUGUUAGUUAGUCCCGUUAGUGUCCCGUGUUCACCUUUUCUAAAUCGUCUACAAGAAUGGAAUAUUUUGCAAAACUUUAGAAUCACGAUUCCAUGGACAACUUCGAGAAUUACUUAAAUCGAGAUUGAUCGCCGGUCAACAUGGUCUAAAGGUAUUGCUUUGGGGAACGUGAUAUCUCUAUUUACAGACUUGAACCCGGUAUGGAGCUUGAAGAGAACCGAAAAUAAAGGAGAAGCUAGCUACUGGAUAUCGUCCGAGGCUUAUAUCAAGGUCUGACUGACAAGGAACGUCUGGGAGAGAGUUUCGCCUGGUUUUUGUAUUCAGCUCUCCCAGAAAUGGUGGGGCACCUACAUUUACAAGCUAUGGAUGACAGUCUAAAAGGAAAGAACAGGGAAGGGUUGCUCGACAGUCCGGAUUCUGGGCUUCCCCCAAGCCCAAGUCCGCCCUUCUAUUCACUGUCCCCGGCUCUGCUAGAGACGCGAUCCGCCAGCUGCACAACCUCAGCUGAACACCAUGGAAACUAUAAAGAGAAGAGCAAAGAAGGCAAGCUGUUGCCGUAUCUGCUCCUGAACUCGACAGGCUUGGACACCAAGGGUCGUAUGCACCCAGUUUUCUUUGGAGAGAGCAUCAAGGUGAACCCUGAACCAGAGCAAGAGAUCAGGUGCAAUUCGGAGGUGAAGUACGACUCGGACAAGCACUACCGGGACCAGGUGUACUGCGCCCCGGUUCCCACGGUGACGUCCUACAGCGAGACGAUCGUGGCGGUGCACAACUGCACGUGGCGGAGCUACAAGUCCGAGCUGCAGUUUGAGCCACGCCAGCGGCCCCUGCACUUCCUGAGUACCACCAUCAUAUUCCCCAAGCACGCCAAGAACACUUACCGCACCACGCUCCACUACAACGCCUCCGGGGCCCGCCGCUGGUUUGUCUCCAGCGUGCAGCUGGAGUCCAGCGAGGACGCCAGCCCCUGCAUCAUCUACACAGAGGACCUUUAAACAGUGCCCUUCGCCCUCCGUACCCAUCUCCCCCCUGGGUAGACAGAAAGUGUGUGUGUCUAUGCAAGUGAGAAAGAGAGUGUGAUGGAGAGAGGAGAGACAGAUGGCUUCGGGAACUUUUUUUUCUCUGGGUGUAUAGGCACUUACGAUUGUGCAUAUUCUGGAUCACACAUACAAUUAGAGAGCAAGUAUUUCAUUAUUCUCAGUCUUGUAUUUGAUCUACCAAGUUAUUGGACUAGAGUAAAUGGAUGAGGAAAAGGUAAUAAGCAACCUGUUUGAGUUACAAUACCUGUGUUCCCAUCAGUCCGGGGGGCUGGCUAAAUGUCAAUGGACAUGCCAGGCGGAAAUAUGAGAAGCUUCAUAAGCAAAUUAAAUCAACAUUUAAACUCCUACUCUUUAUUGUACCCAAAAAAAGAAGAAUCUGAAAAGCAGUAUGCAUUUCUGGCUAAUUCACUCUGAAGGAAGGUUUGGCAAAUUCACUCAUGAGGAAAUAGGUUUGAAAUGCGAAACAGACAGCAACAACGCUGAAGCGGAGACUUAACGCAGUGUGUGUGUAUGUGUGUGUGUGUGUGUGUGUACUUCACCUAAUGCCUGAAUCAGGCUUUCAAAUCCACUGUAUUCUCUUGACAUUGUGCAGACAUUGGAGGGGUUUCAUUUUUUUUAAUGAAUAUUUAAGCAGGAGCAGUAUGAAUACAAAAAAUAAGAACAUUCAUCCAGUGGAAUAACGCAUCUUAGUAAAUGGAAGAUGUGUGGACGUGUCUGGGCUCAGCAGUGAAGGGGAAAGUGGCUCACAGGCCUUGCUUCUCAGCUCAUUUGUCCCAUUCAGUGCACCUGACUUCCAUAAACACUGUAGCCUCCCCACCGCUCCAAAUCCAGGAGCGAUCACGGUUAAGUGGAAUCCCUUAAAGGCUCCAAAGUACUAGGUCGCGCAUUUUCAUUGCUCGCAUCAGUGUGGCUGAUGUACCUCGCUGCUUGUAAACUUUUAUAUGCAGCAUAAAGCAUUCGGAGAGGAAUGAAACAAUGAAUACAUUUCCCAACAUGACCUGGAACUCAUUACUGUCUUGGGGGGGCACUAUUUGAGGUGAUUUGAGGCAUACUAGCAUUCUCUCAUGUCAUUUUAAAUAUGAAGACUUCCUUUAUCGCUGUAUGCAUUUGGUGGUAUUGGCAAGGAGAAAGGCAAACAAAGUUGUGUUAACAGGCGCUUCGAAGGUUGGACCAAAGAUAUCCCCCUACAGGGAGGUCUCUGGCCUCUGAGCACUCUCUGCCUUUCACAGUGAUAUCAGGUUCCCAGACGGUCAUGACUGACAACGUUAGGGCCAUGCACCGGACUAUCUCAGUGCUGACAGAUCUUCCAGCAUCAAACAUAACAGCCUGGGAACCGGAUAUCACAAUAUGUUUAAAGCUCUUUGAAGUCUGUGCAAAUGACCCGGCCAAUCUCAUUAUCAUCUCAUGGACGUGUUCACACAGUGUGCACAGAAUCUGGAGUGACUCUGAAUUGGGAUCAGUCAUUGGCCAGUCAUUGCGCAUGGCAGUUGAGGCCCCUAUGUGCUGUAAGAGUAGGCCAUGCAAUGCAGGGAGAGCUGUGGAAGAAAAGCAGGGUUUGUAUUUUUAAUGUGGCUGGCGCUUCGGCUUAGCAUGGGAUCCAGUGUCAGACGAGAAGCACGUUGGAUGAACGCUUUGAUACUUUGUUAGCAAAAGCCCAUUUUCCACCUGGAACUCAGUGUGCCCACAUGAUUAGCCAAGGAUAAAAAAAAAAGAAAAUGGGCACAUUAUUUCAUGUGUUCUUUUAUUUUAAGGUUUUAAAAGGAAAUACUGUAUUAUUGAAAGGGAUGUAUUCAUGUCAACACACUGUCAUACUCGAAUACAACAUGACCUGCCAAACAUUUCUAAUUUUGGAAAAGGGUUGUCUAUCACCCAGAGAAAGAGAAAGACGGAGACAGAGAAAGAGACAGAGUUAGAAAACAGAGUGUCUACCCUGAGUCCAUUUUCUAUGGAGCCUAAGGAAAGGAUUUAAUCAUAUUUGUCAUCUGUCCAUCUUUGUUGUUUGCUUUGCAGAUCAUUACAGCUUUGCCAGGAAAGCACUCCUGGCAGUAGUAUGUGGGAAUUUUACUUUAAAUGGUGACCAAAGUUCGAGAGAGAGAAAAAGACAGAAUUACUAGACUACCCAAGGAUAAAAAAAGCACACCGUUUCUCAGAAAAGUAAAGUAAAAAAAAAAAAGUAAUCAAAGGUUCAAUUUAAAAUGCACACAAACAGCAAAGGACAUGUGCAAGUCUGACAUCUCUGCGUUCUGCGUGUCAGACUGCAUUUUCUUUAUUUUGAAAAGAAUGCGGGAGGGAUAAGUCUCUCAGACAGAAAUGGCUGCUGUGCGCGGGGGGGGGGGGGCUGGCUGUAACAGACGAGCGGGCUGGAGCCCAGGGAAAGUGGGAAAGUGGGCUUAAUGUAUAAAACAGAUCUCCUGUAGGUGAGCCAGCAGCAGCUUCCAGCACCCUCGUGUUAGAUAUCUGAAUGGCUUCUCAGCCAUGCCGAAGAAAGAGGACUGUUACUGUGACUGAGUGUGUGCGUGUAGCAGGGGUGGUUAUGGGUAGGACGUACUCGUGAGUAAAAUGGGUUUCAGCAGCUGGAACUGAUCCUGUGUAGCAGAGACUGGGAGGGAAGCCUGCUCUGACAGUCUGUGACUGUGUGUGCUCCCCGCAGACUAAUGUUGUGACCAGAGAGAGCCUGUCCCAGAGUCCACCCUUUCCCCCUUUACCGCUCCUUUUCAACAUCCGAGGCCAGCUGGGGCCCUUCUGGUCGAGUAAGGUUUUAAAAUGACAAGAGGAGAACCAAAAAGGGUCACGUUCGGUCUCCUCCCCAAUAUUUACUGAUAUGUAUAUUGUCUUUUCCCUACAUCUAUCACUAUAAAGAGCUCACGGAUGGCGCAAAGGUAAACUUGUGACCGAGGUGUUAACCAUAUGAGCUCAGCGCUACACAGCUUUUCUACAUCGUCUGUGUAUACCAGAGUGCCACAGAAUAAUUAUAUUUUCCUAAAGAAAGGGUGUGAGGGUGAUGGAAAAUAUAGGAAAAUAUAAUUAUUCUGUGGCACUCUGGUAUACACAACCAUAAAAACAACUAUGUGAGCUAGAACACACAGAAUCAGUCACAGAAAGCCAGUAGUGUAAAAAUAUGUAGCUAAUACACAUCUGUAAAAUGAAAGGGUUACAUUUUCCUUUGGAGAAUUCUUAUCAGAUUAUCUUUAUUUGGGAUAGCUUGAUUGGUGUUGUGUCUGACCUGAUAACUUACCUUUGUCUGUCAUAUAUAUAUUUGAAUUUAAAUAUUGAAUUUUAAAUAUUGAAUUGGAAUUUCUUACCUCAGUUUCUAUUUUAAGAGUUUUUUUCAUUAUCUUGUAAAAACAAAGAAACAAACAAACAAAAAAAAACUACACUGUAUUCUCUUGCUUUAAGUUUGAAUGCAAAUACUCUUUCGAAGACACCAGCUGCAAAUCUGAAGUGUUACACAUUUGUUUUAGUUUCUAAACAAACAAGUAAGGAGUAACAGGUGACAAGACAAAGGGAGUGCAUUCAGGGUAUGUUGAAAUUAGUCAAUAUACUCAAAAAGACAAUGCGUUUUCAAGGCGUUAGAGCAUGGAUGGCUAUAGCAGGAAGGUGGGUAAGGAAUGAUUCAAAAUGUGUAUUGAGAGUUGGAGACUGAAGCAAGAUUAUUUUCCGUAGUCGUAAUGACAUGGUUGGUGGACUGACUUUCUGCCAUUGCAGAGUCAGCUCCCUGCCUGCUAAAUUUGAAAUGAAAGCAGGGGUGUAAUUGUGACUCAGUCUGACAUGUGGUGUAACUGGAUCGCUGGCCUUGUCGUGGUUGGAAAGGAAGUGAUGGAUUAUAGUCUUUGCUUAAAGUUACGAGGAGAAGCUUAGUAAGAUGUCAAGGGUACGCGAGAUGUGACGGUCAGGAAUGAGAACUGGUGGCAUAAACGGACGGAUGAAAGGCAUUGGGGUUGGUUCUAUUUGGUGUAAAUUGCUUUUAAUAACUGAUUUUGUUUUGUUUCCUAACAUCUUGACAAUUAAUGUUCUUGUAAAAUACUUUCAUGUUGUAUAUGUGGCAAUAAGGCACUUCAUAAUUAUCUUUAUAUUUUUGUAUUUUUUCCCAUGUCAGUGCUCUUUUGGACAACAGAUGAGAAAAUAAUUUAAAGAGACAAAUGUAUAUCUUAAUAAAAAAAAACCCUAAAGCCCAAAA